AUAUAUAAAAAACCAACCAUUUGUGUAUUUUCUCAACUUAUCCACUUUUAUUUUUUUUCAAAACUCAUUAUGAUUGACUCUGUCUUGAAAAAUUACUCCACAGCUUUUGAAAAGCUAUUUCCUAUGCUUAAGAAAACAUCCAAACUAUCAUACAUUGGAUUUGCUGUGUUACUUUUAGCUGUCCAUCAAGCUCACUCAUUUUUGGUCGUACCAAAACAUCUCCGUCAUUUCCCCAAGGUUUCCUUUUUCUCCAUGAUUAAAUCUUACUACUAUAAAGAGUCUGUUGCUGACCGUCAAAAAAGAUUAAUUGCACCUCUUAUAAAGGAUAACAAUGGUUUUUACAUCAACCGUAUUCCUUUUACAUGGACCAUUUACGUCACCGACCCCGUAGCAGCAAGAACACUAUUAUUGAAAACAGAAAACUUUCCAAAGUCACAUGCAUUUUUUGACAAACUCGAGACAAACAGCCUCCCAAUCCAAUUUCUGGGAAAGGAUAAUGUAGCUGUAUCAAAUGGAGAUACAUGGAAAAGUCAGCGCAAGAUUAUGAAUCCAGCGUUUCACCGUUCUAUGCCAGUCAAGACUUUUGGAGGUGUAAUGCCAGAUCUAUUUGCGGCGAUAGAUGAAGAAAGUGACAAUGUGUCAAUUGCAUUAAAAAUGAGACAUUUUACUUUGGAUGCUUUAGGAUUAGCAGCAUUUGGAUUUAACUUUCAAGCACUAAAAGGCGAUCCUGAAGGAUGGACAAAGACUUAUAACACAUUUAUUUUGAGCUUGUUUGAUCCUUGGCUUAGUAUUUUUGUCAAAGCCGACUUUUUAAUAAGAAUGAUCUCACCAGGAAGAAGACGCAUUAUGGAAGCUAGCACUAAAUUUAAUAGUAUGUUGGAUGAUCUUACUAAUAAGAAAAGACAAGAAAUACUCGAAGGAAAAAGAAACGGAAUUCCGGAAAAAGAAAAAGAUUUGCUCACUUUGAUGAUCGAGGCAGAUAUCCGUGAAGGAGGAGAGGCUUCAACUGAGCAGCUGAGACAUAAUAUCGCACUCUUUUUCUUGGCGGGUCAUGACACUACUGCGCACACGCUCUCAUUUUGUUUGUACAAUCUUGCUGCUAACAAGCAUGUACAAAGAAAAGCACGUGAGGAAGUCUUAAGAAUCCUAGGUGACGAGCCAGUCGAUAUUAUUCCCACAGAAGAAGAGUUAAAACAGAUGGACUAUAUCAAUUUGGUUAUUAAAGAGAAUCUUCGUCAUAGUGGUCCAGUAGAUAGAUUAUUCUCUAGAAAGACUGGUGAGGAUAUGGAGUUAGCCGGAACAGUUAUUCCUAAAGGAGCUGAAAUUAGUAUUGAUGUUGCAUCCAUUCAUUUAUCACCCAAAAAUUGGCAAAACCCAGACCACUUUAUCCCAGAAAGAUUUGAAGAAGGCGGAGAACAUGAGGGACAUACAGGGCUGACUUGGGUUCCUUUUAGCAAUGGGUCUCGUCAAUGUCUGGGUAUGAAUUUCAGUUUAACAGAACAACGGGUUGUAUUGGCAAUGAUAUUGAGAAAAUAUGAAAUUGAACUCCCAAAAGACUCGAUCCAUAAAGAAAAGAUUGUAUUUGAUAUGGCAUUCAACUUUGCCCCCGAGUCAUUGUGCUUGAAAUUCACAAAGCGUUAUUAAAUCUGGUAUAACAUAGUUGGGGAAUACUACAAAAAAAGAUAAUAAAAGAGUUGGGUAUUCAUUUUAAUAUGUGAUAAAAAUAAAGAAUAAAAUAAAAAAGUUGAAAUUGAUGCAAUA